AUGGGGAGCCUAGAGCUUUUCUCGCUUCUCCCCUUCCUAUUGUUCGCCCUUGUCGCCGCCGGGGAAAUCGAAGAGCUCAACACGUACGUCGUCCACGUUCAGCCCAAGGAGAACCACGUGUUCGGCACACCCAGCGACCGGAAGGAGUGGCACCAGUCCUUCCUCCCCGACAAUGACCGUCUCGUCCACUCCUACCACCACGUCGCGAGCGGCUUCGCGGCGCGGCUGACGCGGCGGGAGCUCGACGCCGUCUCCGCCAUGCCCGGGUUCGUCGCCGCGGUGCCGGACGUGAUCUACCGCCUGCGGACCACGCACACCCCGCGGUUCCUCGGGUUGAACACGGCUCUAGGCUAUAGGAACCCGUCCGUCGGGUCCGGCGAUGGCGUCAUCAUCGGGGUGCUCGACACCGGCGUCUUCCCCAACCACCCCUCGUUCAGCGGCAAAGGGAUGCCGCCGCCGCCCGCCAAGUGGAAGGGCAGGUGCGACUUCAACGCCUCCGCGUGUAACAACAAGCUCAUCGGUGCCCGGAGUUUUAUCAGUGAGGGUAGCUCUUCCGGCGGGCCUCCGACCGACGAGGAAGGGCACGGCACGCACACGUCAAGCACCGCGGCCGGAGCCGUCGUGCCGGGCGCUCAGGUGCUUGGCCAGGCCAAUGGCACCGCGUCCGGGAUGGCGCCCCGUGCGCACCUCGCCAUGUACAAGGUUUGCAGCGAGGACGGAUGCGCCAGCGUGGACAUCCUCGCCGGCAUCGACGCCGCCGUGUCCGACGGCUGCGACGUCAUAUCCAUGUCACUCGGCGGAGAGUCGGUGCCCUUCUACCACGACAGCAUCGCUGUCGGCACGUUCGCCGCGGCGGAGAAGGGCAUCUUCGUCAGUAUGGCGGCCGGCAACUCCGGCCCGAACUACACCACGCUGUCCAAUGAUGCGCCAUGGAUGCUCACCGUCGCCGCGAGCACCAUGGACCGUUUGAUCAGCGCCCAAGUGAUCCUCGGAGAUGGCCUCUCCUUCGACGGCGAGUCGGUCUACCAGCCCGACUCCGUGGAGGCCCCGUUGGUGUACGCCGGCGCGAGCUCAACGCCCUUGGCCCAGUUCUGCGGCAACGGCUCGCUGGACGGCUUCGACGUCAAGAACAAGAUAGUGCUCUGCGAGCGUGGCGGCGAUGUUGGGAGGGUUGACAAGGGCAUCGAGGUGCUAAGAGCCGGAGGCGCCGGCAUGAUUCUCACCAAUGAGUUCAUCGACGGCUACAGCUUGCUCGCCGAUGCGCACGUCCUGCCGGCGUCGCACGUCAGCUACGCCGCCGGAGUGGAGAUCAAGAACUACAUCAAGUCCACGCCCAACUGUACGGCCAAGAUCUCCUUCAGAGGCACGGUCCUCGGCACGUCGCCGGCGCCGGCGAUUACCUCCUUCUCCUCCCGUGGCCCUAGCACCCAGAACAUGGACAUCCUCAAGCCGGACAUCACUGGCCCUGGCGUCAGCGUGCUCGCCGCGUGGCCGUUCAAGGUAGGCCCGCCGACAUGGUUUAACGUGUCAACCGCACCGACCUUCAACAUCAUCUCUGGCACGUCCAUGUCGACGCCGCACCUUGCUGGUAUCGCCGCGCUGAUCAAGAGCAAGCACCCUGACUGGUCGCCGGCCGCGAUCAAGUCCGCCAUCAUGACAACCGCCUACGUCACCGACCGCUCCGGCACGCCAAUCGUCAACCAGCAGCACAAGCCCGCCGACUUCUUCGCCAUGGGCGCCGGCCAUGUCAAUCCGGACAAGGCCGUGGACCCCGGUCUGGUCUACGACACUGCCACCGGCGACUAUAUCGGCUUCCUCUGUGGCAUGUACACGGACCAGCAGGUCUCGGUGAUCGCGCGCCAGUCAGUCAACUGCUCGACCGUCCAGAAGAUCCCACAAAGCAUGCUGAACUACCCGUCGAUCUCGGUGUCGUUCGUGCCGGACUGGUACCCGUUGGCUCCAGUGAUAGUGGAGCGCACGGUGAAGUACGUCGGACAGGCGGAGGCGGCGAUGUACCAGGCCCACGUCGACAUGCCGGCGAGCAGCUUCGUGAACGUCACCGUUACUCCGAGCGUGCUCUGGUUCAGCCACGCGACGCCGGAGCAGAAAUUCACGGUGCUCGUGUUUCCGCUCAAUGCCACCACAACGGCGGUGCAGGGCGCGAUCCGGUGGGUGUCAGAGACCCACACCGUGAGGAGCCCCGUCUCGGCCAUGUUCCCCUCACAGCACUAG